AUGAACCGCAGUAACAAUCUGAAUUUUGUCUGUGGAGCUGGAUAUGAUUUAAAAUCAAGUCCUCCUAUGUUAAAUGAUCUUUUACAAAUCAGCAACAAUCAACCUUUGAAGUCAACUUCAGUUAAUGUCGAGCAGAUUCAUCAUUAUCAUCAUCAUACUGGCCAACAACCUUCGCCUUCUUCUCCAUUAACACCUCAACCAAAGUGCCUCUUAUCUACCUCAAAUGUAGUGAACCAAGUCAAUCAGCCAUGUGUUAGUCAAACUACAAUCAAUGACAAAUUUUUAAUAAAAACAAAGGUGGAUUUUAACAAUGAGUUGACUGAAACUUCAAAAUCAAUCGAAUGUGUAGCAAAAAGAAAACGGACUGAGAUCAAUGCUUAUUAUUUGAAACAAAUAUUACCAAUAUGUGAUAGCAAAAAGUAUUGA